AUGAAAACUUUUAUCGCAAUAUUGUUUGUGACUGCGUCGGUUCUGGCUGAACCGUCCAAGGUCGUGCAGAAGCGAAGCGGUCUCGUCGGCCAUUAUGGCGGACUUCUCUCCCACGGCUACGGCGUCGGGCCCGCCAUAGGCCAUGCCGUAGGACCCGCGUACGGCGGCCUGGCAUACGGCGGAGUGAGUGGAGUCGGGGUCAGUGGCCUGGCACUGUCGUCUGGCACGAUCAUUGGCGCGGACGUCCACACGACGGUCACGAAGCACGUCGGUGUGCCAGUACCAGCUCCGUACCCCGUGGCGGUGGAUAGACCAGUGGCUGUGCCAGUUAGGGUAGCAGUGCCAGUGCCAGUAGACCGUCCCUACGCAGUGCCAGUGCCAAGACCGUACCCCGUCGCUGUAGAGAAGCACGUAGCGGUGCCAGUCGACAGGCCCGUGCCAGUGCCAGUACCGCAUGCAGUGCCUGUGCCCGUUGUUAAACAGGUCGGAGUACCAAUUCCCCAGCCCUACCCGGUGCCAGUGGCGAAGCCAGUGGCUGUGCCAGUGCCCCAACCCUACGCCGUGCCAGUGGUCAAGUCGGUGAUCGGACCCAGCAUCAUCUCCGGCUACCACGGCGGCUAUGGCCACGGCGGCUACGGCCACGGCGGCUACGGCCACGGCUUAGGACUCCACGGCUUAGCGUCGAAACUCGGAUGGUAA